UUUGAUUACAUUACAUCCAUAUAUGUUGUCUUGCCUGUACCUGUACUCUUUCUUCUUCGUCCCCAAUUUUCAAAUCCCAACCAUCCAUCCAUCCUGAAACUCAUCAAUUCAAUUCUCACAUUCAUACAAAUCAUCUAUGGAGGACACAGAAGAAGAAGUACUGCUCAGUGAUGAUCAGAAACUCGAUAUUGCCAAAUGGUUUCUCCUCAACUCUCCACCUGGUGAAAUCCAAUACGUUGCCAAAGACCUCAAGUCACUUCUCAACGAUGAGGAUGUCUAUCGAAGAGCGGCUGCAGAAGCCUUUCCUCUUUACAACAAAUCGAAUAUCAUUUGUCUCCACUUUCCAAAUCGAAGCGGUGAGGUGCUGGUAUCGUCGUUUAGUGAGAUUAGUGAGGAUGAGUAUCUUGAUCCUAGGACUGCACAGGUGGGAAAGGUUGACCAUGUCCGGCAAAUUUGUACAACAAUGAGACCAGCUACAGACGAAGAGCUUCCAUCCCCUUACAUAGAAGAGUAUCGAUGUGCUUUGGAUGCUGAAAUUUCCAAGUAUGUUGAAGAGGCUUAUCCAAAAGGCGUCUUUUCAGUUUACUGUACAAAUGGAAAAGAUGCUGAAGAUUGUGGGUCCGAUUUUGAGCUUGUUGUGGUGAUUACAGCCACUCGACAUAGUCCACAGAAUUUUUGUAAUGGAAGUUGGGUCUCAAUAUGGAACAUCGAGUUUAAGGAUGAACUGCAAACUGUGGAAGUCAGAGGAAAAUUGCAGGUGACUGCUCAUUAUUUUGAAGAAGGGAAUGUUCAGCUAGACGCGAAGCAUGAAUGCAGGGAUUCAACUAUCUUUCAGUCACCAGAUGAUUCUGCUGAUUCAUUGAUGAACAUUAUUCGCCACCAUGAAACAGAAUACCUGACUUCCCUGCAGGCGUCUUAUUCUAACUUGCCAGAUUCCACAUUCAAGGAGCUGAGAAGGAAGCUGCCUGUUACUCGUACAUUGUUCCCAUGGCACAGCACCCUGCAAUUUAGCCUCACAAGAGAUCUCGAAAAAGAACUUGGAAUUGAAAAAUAGGUGAUUUUCUUCAAAACCUAUCAUGACAUACAUUCUUUGAGCCUGAAUCUGAUAAGUGUGAGGGGAAAGCUGUCGUUACUUGGUCUAGAUUGUUCCCUGAAACCGUUGCCUGUUGCUGGAUGAUUCAUUGUUUUGCUUUACUUUAAUCAUUUGCCUGUGUUCAUAUCGUUUGGCUCCAUCACUCCAAACAUUGAGUAAGAAAUGAUCAUUUGUUAUGCACAUGUUGUUUAGAUACUCCGGAUGACUCAGUGUUUUGUUGUAAGAAAAUGUCAUGUAACAUUCAUAUUCAUUAUACUUCUAUAAAAUUUCUUUUAUGGUAA